CUUCUGAAGACUUACCACAGGAAAUAUGUCUCAACCAAAUGAAGUCUUGAAGCAGGAAGCAGAAACAGCUCUGAUACAAGACUAUGUCUUUUUCUCGGUACUGAGCCUUGUGUCCUAUGAAUACGUCAUAACGCUGGACCGAGAAAUUGCGGCAGUGUGGAGAAGGAAGUUCACGGUCACCUCACUACUGUUACUGGCCGUCCGGUGGCUCAUGGUCCUGGGCCUGAUUCUGCAGGUCGCACAGCCCGGUGAUAGUCAAGCCUGGUGUACACCGGGUCACAUAUUGAACGUGCUUAUAUACUUGGCAGUUACAGUCCUAAUUUCUGUAUUCUCUGCCUUGCGUGUGUACGCGCUCUGGCAAGGCUCGAGGAUGAAAUAUGCUUUCCCCGCGAUUGUACUGGCACUUGGGAUGAUACCAGUUGGAACAAAUAUCUUCAACUGGGCACGCAGCUCAAUCACUUUCGUGGAGACUCCGCAGGUCACUGGAUGCUUCGAUUCCACCAACAUACCGCCAAAGCUAAGCAUGGAGUUGCUCUUCCUUACAAGAUGCAGUCUAAUCGCCUCCGACAUCCUUGUCCUGAUACUGACAUGGGUCAAGUCCCUCGCGCAAUGGCGCGCCAUGCGGCGACUCAAGCUUGGUUCUUCUGUUUCAACUGUGCUACUCAGAGACGGAUCCCUCUAUUUUCUUGCGCUUCUAGGCGUAAGCAUCCUACAACUACUGACAUACUCAAGUCGUCUCGAGGAUACAGGCACCUAUGCGAUCGUCUUUAUCCAGUCUCUGCCCCCCUUGCUAGUGCAGCGUUUCAUCCUCAACCUCCGCCAGCUAGGCCCCGCCACUGAGGCUAGUGAACCCGGCUUCGGCGCGCAGCACGUUUCCCGCUUGUCUCUGAGGUUCGGGGUGCCAUCCGAUUUCCUCGGGAAUAUUGGGGAAUCUCUGGACCAUGGCCAGUCGGAGCACAUUGAGGAGCACUAUGGCGACGACGAUCGCUGUGUGGCGGAUGAUCAACGGGACAGACUUGAAGAGGGACUCGCGCAACAUUCAGGCCCGCUGAUUGUACAUCUCGAGGAACCGACGGAAGCCGACAUCGCCUCAGUUUUGCGAUCUACCGAACGCGCGAACAAAGAAGACGACGUCUGUUUGACCGCUUUCCCGCGCGAAGCGGUCCUUGGGCCUUACUUGGCUGCAGACUAGCAGGUUGUGAACUGGAUGUAUAGUCAUACCAUGAAUAUAUGACCUC